AUGUCUUUGGCAGCUAUACCAAUUCCAGGUCCAAUAAAGAGUAUAUUUACAACUUUCCCUCUAAGGACUUAUGAUCCAGUAGACAUUAAAGAUACAGCUUUACAAAAUGAAUUAAACAAAAGAACAUUUGUUUUUGAAAAUGGAAAAAAUGAUAUUUCUUCGGAAAAAUCGUUCACACUUUUAAUUAAGGAAAAACCAAUUAAAUGGAAACAGUCACCAGCUUAUAUUUGUAUGGAUCCAAUUGAAUUAUUUUUACAACUAAGUUUAUGUCACAAGAAUGAAAUAACUUUACCAUUAACAUAUCAAACCAAUGAUUCACUUAAGGCUUCAAGUCAAAAGAUGAUGAUUGUUAAUAGACCUAAUUUACCAUCAUUAAUAAUAAAAAAUCAAAUGAUUUAUAGAGACGAACUACUUUCUAAUCUAAAGUUAAGAUUUGUUGGUAUACAAUCACAAUUGGCUCAAUUAUUAGACACUGACUUAUAUCCAUUUUUUGGUAAUAAACCAUUAACAUCUAAUGACUUUAAUAGAGCUAAACAAACAUUAUUACAAUUUAGCAAAUUCGUAGAAUCUGAUGACUAUGAUAAAAAUUCUUUAGAUUAUUUAGAUAUGAAAUUGGCAAGUUAUAUCUUAACUUUACUUUAUUCAACUCAAGUAUCAAAUGAUAUAAAACAAUUUAUUAAGGAAAAAUGUCCAAAAUUAAAAAUAAGCGCUAUUACAACUUUGAAACAGUUGAAUCCAAAAUUACAACCUUAUUGA